AUGGACGCUUUGGACGCGGGAGAAAUCCUCAGCCAUUUGAAUCAUUUGGGGUAUCGUAACAUAACUGUGGUGCAGUUGAAAGAAUUUCAAAAAGAUUUGAAAAAACUCAUCCGGUACGAUGCAAAACAGUGCGUAGAAAGUGAUGGCAGUUUGAAUGAUAACGCAGCACCGGGCAACGUAUUUGAUAGAUUACAUACAGAAACAACGGCAAGCUACCAAGCAAAACAUACACGAUCGAAACAUACAGAGCCAGCUGCACCGAUGGACAAGGAAAACGUUACGCCAAUUCAAAAAACUACUUCUUGUAAAAACAACGAAAUAGUCAGCAAAAUGUGGAUAAGACCGAAAAGUAGUCAAUCUGUAAGACGAAGUGACCCCGUUGCGCUCUACCAUUCAUACAAAAAGGAAUGGAGCAAAUUCAAACAGAAAUUACCCGGUGAAAACGAUCAUUCCGAAUUGCGCUGGAAAAUCAGGAACAAGUUGCUUGGGGAACAAUAG